UUGUUGAACGAAAGGAAACAAACGCUCCAGCUGAAGUCACGUUGGCUGCUGCGGCUGUGGGCACCGAGGACCUGGGGCAGAGGAUAAUAAACCAAAGAAUGGCAGAAGAGAAAAAACACUGGGUCGAAGAGUUAUUUCCCCCCCAUUUCAGUGCAGAUGAUUUCCUUUAUCAGACUUUUGAACCAGAAACACUGACGUCUGAAAAAUUUGCAGAGAGGAGAGCGAAGACUUUGCAAAAUAUAUACCAGAAUGCAUUGCAGAAAACUCAGCAAGAGGAAGAGGAGAGAAGACGCGAGCUCUUAUCUAAACGCAUAGUUCGAGCGUACGAUCUGCAUGUUACGGAGACUAAACCCGAACAGUCCAACGCCAACCAACAUGAGACGUGUCGUGUGUGUGGGGGGGUAAACACUAGCCCCCCCAGGUCUGCGGAAAGUAAUGGGAUUUGGAGUAGUGUGGAAUUAAAUGUUUUACGGCAAGAAAUCAAUAGAAGUCAGUCCGAAGAAGCUCGCUUAAAACUUAAGUUUGACGCUUACAUGAAUGAGAUGUCUGAGCUGAAAGCCAAAUACUCCAAGACUCUGGAAGAGCUUGAGGCUGCGAAAGAGGCCUUAUCCAUCUCAAAAAGAGAAAACGAAUGCCGAAAAACGCAAAUAAAACAGUUCGAGAAAGACUUGCCAAGAAAGGAGGCGACUAUUCAGGAUCUGAGGAAAGAUCUGCAUGGAAAGUGUGUGCAGGUCAGCAGCCUUAAUAAACUUCUGGCUAAAGCCAGGGAGGACGUUCAGGAGUUACAGCUCAAAAAUAAAGACUUCCAGCAAGAAAUGAACACCUUGAAACAGCAGCAGGAACUUAAAAAUGCAAUUUCAACAGAGAAAUUAAAAUUGAAGUAUAAUGUAGAAAUAAAUAAACUGCAGAAGCAAAUUGAGAUUCUUAAGGAAGAAUUGACGUGUAAAAGUGCACAACAUGCAAGAGACCUUAUUGCAUUGGAUUUACUAAGGAAACAUUUUUCUUCUUUGUCUGUAAAUAACAGACCUCAGUUUACACAACUAGAUAUACCCCCCACCAAUAACCGCUAG